ACACGCCACGUGUCCCUUUUUCCUUUCUCAAACAUUCUUCCCGCUUACCCGCUUACGUAACCUUGCACGAUAAGUCUACUAAAAAAUUCUUACAAAAAUCCAACUUCCCCCUUUCUUUCCUCAAAAUUACACGGACUGCCACUGUAUCAUCUCCGCCAUGGCCACUCUCUCCCUCCAGCCUUGCUGUUCGCCUCUUGAUUUCAUUCGAUUCCAACUCAGUAAUCGUGGCCUCAAAGCUGUUCCGAGGUUCUCCCGCAAGUUUUACGGGAGAAGACUUAGGGUUUCGACUAGUGUUUCGAGAGGAAACGUGAAGAUUAGAGGAAGGCAUGGACUGUUAUCGGUUUCUUGCUUUUGUAAAACGAAUGCUGAGAUUGAAAAGGUUUCAUCGGAAGAGAAAGGAGGAGGGGAAGAACGGCCUCCUUUUGAUAUUAAUCUUGCGGUUAUUCUAGCUGGUUUUGCUUUUGAAGCUUAUACAACUCCUCCUGAAAAUGCAGGGAGGCGUGAAAUUGAUGCUGCAGACUGUACGACUGUUUAUCUCUCAGAGUCUUUUGUGCGAGAGAUUUAUGAUGGCCAGUUGUUUAUAAAGUUAAAAAAAGGUUUUGAUUUCCCUGCCAUGGACCCAUGGGGAACUAGUGAUCCAUAUGUUGUAAUGCAAUUGGAUGGUCAAGUUGUCAAAAGCAAGACUAAAUGGGGGACAAAGGAGCCAACAUGGAACGAGGACCUCACUUUUAAUAUUAAACUGUCACCUCCAAAAUAUAUUCAGGUCGCUGCUUGGGAUGCAAACCUUGUGACUCCUCAUAAGCGCAUGGGAAAUGGAGGCAUUAGUCUAGAAAACAUCUGUGAUGGAAACUCGCAUGAAGUGCUGGUGGAGUUGGAAGGAAUGGGAGGUGGAGGCAAGUUGCAGCUAGAGGUUAAGUAUAAGAGUUUUGAAGAGAUUGAGGAAGAGAAAAUGUGGUGGAAACUCCCCUUUGUUUCAGAAUUUCUUCGGAGAAAUGGAUUUGAGUCGGCUUUAAAAAUGUUUGUUGGCAGUGAGUCUGUGCCUGCACGGCAGUUUGUGGAAUAUGCCUUUGGACAGUUAAAGGCGUUCAAUGAUCCAAAUUUUUUGAAGGAACGAUUGUUAAACGGUAAUAAGAUUGGGGCUGAAGGUGUUGGGACUUCCAAUGAAUCUGCUGGGUCAGAGACGUCUUCACAAGUGGAAAGUAGUUCUGAAGACACUGUUAGUGACACGAGUGCCAACUCUAAAAAUAAUUCAGAGGAGUUCCAAUUGGAUAAUUCUGGUAUGGCUAAUGGGCAGAAAACUGAACCAGUGGCACGAGAUGGUAACAUGCAGUUUGAUAAUCAUUUCUGGAAUAACUUUGCAGAUGUUAUCAAUCAAAAUGUUGUUCAGAAACUUGGAGUUCCUAUUCCAGAUAAAUUAAAGUGGGAUGAAUUUGACUUGUUAAACAAAAUUGGCCUGCAGUCCCGAAAAAAUGCAGAAGCUAAAUAUAUUGAAUCUGGGCUUGCAACUCCAGAUUAUAAGGAUAUUCAAGGUGAUGAUGCACUUGAAUCUGAGUGUGGAACUCGUGAAGAUCCAGAAAAUAAGAACGAUAAAGCGAUUGGACCACUUACCAUUAGCACUUUACAAUCUUCUCUUCCAGACAUAAAGAAGGCAACACAGGAUUUAUUAAGACAAACAGAUUCUGUCCUAGGUGCAUUAAUGAUGUUGACUGCAGCAGUUUCUCAGUCGAAAAAGGAAGGACAGGAGAAUGAAGAUAAAGAAGACUCCUCUACAAAAGUGGGAAAUGGUGUCUCUAGUUACAAUGGCGGUGAGAAGCUCCCUAGCACGCUGGAGGGUUCAGUAUUAGAUGAGGAAAAGGCUGAAGAAAUGAAAAAACUCUUUGCAACUGCUGAAAGUGCUAUGGAAGCCUGGGCAAUGCUUGCCACUUCACUGGGACAUCCAAGUUUUAUCAAAUCGGAAUUUGAGAAAAUAUGUUUUCUGGAUAAUGAAACCACGGACACCCAGGUGGCGAUUUGGCGUGAUUCAGCAAGGAGGCGAUUAGUUAUUGCUUUUAGGGGGACUGAGCAAGCAAGAUGGAAGGACUUAAUGACAGAUUUAAUGCUUGUUCCUGCUGGACUAAACCCUGAAAGGAUUGGUGGAGAUUUCAAACAAGAAGUCCAAGUUCAUAGUGGAUUUUUAAGUGCAUACGAUUCUGUUAGGAUAAGGAUUAUCUCUCUUAUCAAAGCAUCAGUUGGAUAUACAGAGGAACUUAUGGAGCCACCGCACAGAUGGCAAGUUUAUGUGACCGGUCAUAGUUUGGGUGGUGCACUAGCUACUCUUCUUGCUCUUGAACUUUCAUCAAGUAAAUUAGCAAAAUGUGGGGCAAUUUCGGUGACAAUGUAUAACUUUGGUUCUCCUAGAGUUGGUAACAGAAGAUUUGCAGAAGUAUAUAAUGAGAAAGUUAAAGAUAGCUGGAGGAUUGUUAAUCACAGAGACAUUAUACCAACAGUCCCCCGUUUGAUGGGUUACUGCCAUGUGGCUCAGCCUGUUUAUCUGGCUGCUGGAGAACUAAAAGAUACUUUGGAAAGUUUGGAGCUUUGGAAAGAUGGUUACCAAGGAGAUGUCAUUGGGGAAUACACACCAGAUGUUCUUGUCACUGAAUUUAUGAAAGGAGAAAGGGAACUGAUUGAACAGAUAUUACAAACCGAAAUCAACAUAUUCCGUGCGAUACGCGACGGGAGUGCACUCAUGCAGCACAUGGAGGAUUUCUACUACAUAUCACUGCUAGAGAGCGUGAGGUCGAAUUACCGGGCUGGUGCGAGCUCGAGAAAAAGUGAGGAGGAAAGCGUGUCGAGCCGAUAGACAUAUGGACGACGAUUCUCGGAAUUUUGUAGCAGACUGCAACUGCAAGUUGCAACUACUGGUUUUAACAUCAUAAUAGGUAUACGAUGAUUCAAAUUUAAACACGAUUAACAUGAUUACAUUAUGAGUGUAUUUGGAAAUUCCUCAGUUUGGGU